CUGGUGUCCCAAAGCCUGACGCUGGCUGCGCCGCAGCCAUGGAGGUGGCCCUGGUAGACUUUGAGAGCCUGGACGGCCUGGACGGCAGUCUGGAGGAUGAGGCGGACACCUAUGCCGACGAGACCACGGCCCUCACCGUGGACAUGCCCCCAGAGCUCAACAGCCCAGGCAGCAACUACCUUCUGCGAGCCCCUCAGAUCUCCUCCACGCCGUCCCGGUACAGCCCGGCGCCCUCCUGCAUUUGGGAAUCCACGUCAUCCUUGCACGUUCCGCACAUGCUGGAAGUACCUCAGUCCCCACUGUUGUCCUCCCCGAACAGAGACGGACGCAGCAGCUGCGCGAGCAUGAUCUCAAACUGGAAGCUGCUGCUGAACAGUGAGGGCACCAAGGAGAGCGAGAUGAUCUUCCACCGGCUCACCAAGGAGUGCUGCGAGGAUCUCUUCGUCGACAAACGAGGGCUGGACGACGGAGACCAGAAAGUCAUCAUCAACAUCGCCGGCCUUCGCUUUGAAACACAACUGAAAACACUAGACCAGUUUCCCGACACUCUUCUUGGAGACCCUUUAAAGAGGAUGGACUACUUUGACCCGAUGAGGAACGAGUACUUCUUUGACCGGAACAGGCCGAGCUUCGAUGGGAUUCUGUAUUAUUACCAGUCGGGGGGGAAGAUCAGACGACCAGCCAAUGUUCCACUCGAUGUGUUUGCUGAUGAAAUCGUGUUCUACGAGCUCGGAAAUGAAGCCUUGGAACAGUUCAGAGAAGACGAAGGAUUCAUUAAAGACGUAGAAAUUCCUCUCCCUACUAACGACAUGUACCGGCAGUUCUGGCUUCUCUUCGAGUACCCAGAGAGCUCCAACGCAGCGCGAGGCGUCGCACUCGUCUCUGUGUUCGUCAUCAUUAUAUCCAUCAUUAUUUUCUGCAUGGAGACGUUGCCAGAAUUCAGAGACGACACUGACCCUGUGGUGACCACAGUAGUGCAACCCUUCAACCAGUCCAGGGGCUUCACCUCGGCGGCGCCGCCCGGCGGAAAGCCCACGACUUUCACCGAUCCUUUCUUCUUCAUCGAGACAGCCUGCAUCGCUUGGUUCUUCUUCGAGCUGUGCAUCCGAUUUCUGGUCUGUCCCAGCAAGAAAGAGUUUUUCCACAACCUCAUGAACAUCAUUGACAUCAUAUCCAUCAUCCCCUAUUUUGUGACCGUGAUCACGGAGAUCGCCACGACGCCCGAGGAGAGCUCAGGACAGAACAUGUCGUUAGCCAUCCUCCGAAUCAUCCGCCUGGUCCGGGUGUUUCGUAUAUUCAAGCUCUCGCGUCACUCCAAGGGUCUGCAGAUCCUGGGACAGACUCUGAAGGCCAGCAUGCGGGAGCUCGGUCUGCUCAUCUUCUUCCUUUUCAUCGGGGUCAUCCUCUUCUCCAGUGCCAUCUACUUUGCCGAGGUGGACGAGCCCAACACGCAGUUUGUCAGCAUACCUGACGGCUUCUGGUGGGCCGUGGUCACCAUGACCACCGUGGGCUACGGGGACAUGUGUCCCAUCACCAUGGGGGGGAAGAUGGUGGGCACCUUGUGCGCCAUUGCGGGUGUGCUGACCAUAGCUCUGCCUGUGCCGGUCAUCGUCUCCAACUUCAACUACUUCUACCACAGAGAGACGGAAGCGGAGGACAAGCUGCCGCUGGCCGACGCGGUGGAACAGGCCAUGAAGGCCGAGGCGGAGAACAAAGGGGGCAGCAGCUCCUCGCUCAACAAAACAAACGGCAUCUGGCAGAGUGACGGCAGCAAAGGAAAAUAACUACAGCAGAGCUCGAUACUGCCGAGACUCUCAGACGGGGAUGGAUUUAGUAUUCGCUGUACAUUCUGAAAAACAUGUUUUUAUACCUUAUGCACCUCUUCUGUCUCACUUCAA